GAAAAAUACAAUACAUAUAUGUAUGUAGUACAGACAUACGCUAAUUAUGGACCGACGGGGGAAGGGGUGUUUGGAACACUCGCAAAGACAGUGGCAAAAUGCAGAAUUCUCGGCUGGUGGGCAAUCGCUUGCUGAUUAGCGUCAGCACAGAAAUUAAAAUGUGUAAUCUACGCUGACAACUCUUGCUACUUGUUUAUGCCCCAUUCCCCAAUUCCCAUCGCCCUAUCAUAAAUCGAGAUAAAUGCUAUGUGCAAUUGGGGGAAAAAGUACGGGUGUGUUUGAUAACGAAUGGAAUGAGGUGCCAUUUCAACUUUACAAACAAGUUUUGCAUAUUUUUGAGAAAGAAAAAACAGUCGCGAAAUCGACAGCUUUUUAAACGCCAACGGCUGGCCCGCGGUCAACUGGCAUUUGGCCAGAUGGGCAGCACUGUUGUGGAAAUGUCAAAUUCAAAACUUUGUACGCGGUCUUUUCAAAAAUUAUUCGAAUCAAUGGGAUUUUAAACAAGAACUACGAGAAAAAUGUUGUUUUCGAUUAAUGUAAUCUAUAUUACCAUAAUAAUACUAUAAUAUAAUACUAUACUCUUAUCAUCGGCUGCUUAAAGUAAAUACACAAAUCUUGAAUAUUACAUUUAAAAAUGUAAUAUUGAGCCCGCAUUUUUUUGGCAAAUGCAAAAACUAGGCCAAUGGCACUGCAUACUUGAUUUUGCCAAACAGUAGCGACUGGAACAUGGUAAAUUAUUCGUGUAUGUGCGUCAGUAAUCGGCAUCCUCUGUUCUUCCCGUGCCUUGUCGGCCGCACAAUCUUCAAUUAACCGAUACGAGAUGUUCGACAAAGGGCAACAAGCAACCGAUUCCGGGUAAUUUUUAGAGACUUUCCCGACGGAGUUGCUUACAAAAAGAUGCCAGUGGCAAGCGGAUCGUGAGCAAGUACGAACGCAUUAUGCAGAUGUAUCCGCAGCUCUCCUCCGGCGCAGGUGAGUCCUCGCAGUGGCGGGCGGCCGAGAAGGACAACCAGCGGCAUCCUUGCAGACGCGACUGCGCCGAAAAGCAGCCGAUGACCUGCUACUACUACAUGGUGGUCCACUACGACGACACGAUGGCGGAGACCUGCAAGCGCUACCUCCAGUCCAAAUUCCGCUUCAAGCUGAGCGGCAAGGAGUUCAUCGACGGGAUAUCGCUGGCGGCGAAGCUGGCGGCAAACGACGACUGCAAGUACGCCGAUGGACUGGAGAGCGAGGUGAUGGUGGUCAAUGGCCAGCUGCCGGGAAUGAACAUCGAGGUGUGCUACGGCGACACCGUGGUGGCGGACGUGAUCAACAGCAUGCACGAGACGACGACGAUCCACUGGCACGGGAUGCACCAGCGACUGACGCCCUUCAUGGACGGAGUGCCCCACGUCACCCAGUAUCCAAUCGAGGCGGGUCAGGCGUUCCGCUACCGUUUCGAGGUGGAUCACGGCGGCACCAACUGGUGGCACAGCCACACGGAGCACCAGCGGGCCUUCGGACUCGCUGGGCCACUGGUGGUGCGAAUGCCGCCCAAGCUGAAUCCCCACGCGCAUCUCUACGACUUCGACAUGUCGGAGCACGUGAUCAUGAUCCAGGACUGGGUGCACAACUUCGUGGAGAGCGUGGCCGAGAACAUCCUGAUCAACGGACGGGGCAGGAACCUGAAGAAGGGCGUCAAGGCAGCCAAGCCCACGCUCUACGCCCACUUUCCGGUGGUCAGGGGCGGACGCUAUCGCUUCCGGGUGAUCUUUAACGGCGUUUCGAACUGCCCGAUCAGCUUCAGCAUCGAUAAGCACGACCUGGUGGUGAUCGCCAGCGAUGGCAACGACAUCGAGCCGGUGGAGGUGCAGCGGAUCAUGUUCCACGGCGCGGAGCGCUUCGACUUCGUGCUGCACGCCAACCAGGAGGUGGGCAAUUACUGGAUCCGGGUGAAGGGCUACAGCUUCUGCGCUAGGAACCAGCUGCAUCAGGAGGCGGUGCUGCACUACAGGGACGCGGAUACCCGGGCGUUGGACACGCACACCCUGAGCUAUGCCUACGAUACGCCGGGCAAGACGCUCAACGAACUGGGCGACGAUGCGAGCGGUGCGCGCGCUGGGAAUAGCAUAUCGUUGGCCAAUCUCAAUGCCCAGCGACCGGAACCGGAAGUGGCACCAUCGGUGACCUUCUACACCAGCAUGAACGCGUUCGAGGUGCGGCAGGGCGAGGGUUUCCGCUUCCAGAUGGACGACAUCAGCUUCAGCAUGCCCAAGAUGUCGCUGCUGCAGACGCGCAACCUUGGCGUUGGCCAGUUCUUCUGCAAUCGCUCCCAGCAGGCGGAUCUCGGAUUCAAUUGCCGCCAGCGGCACUGUCAGUGCUCCAAUGUCAUACAGGUGCCGGCCAACAAGCAGGUGGAGUUCGUUAUCUCCAGCCUGUCGCAGACGCCGCAUCCCAUCCACCUGCACGGCUACACAUUCCGUGUGGUCGGGAUGGGAGUGCUAGGGGAGCAGAAGAUUGGUCAGAUCGAGCAGAUCGACAAGAAGACGCCGCUGCCGCGACGCGCUAAGGGUGCUCCGCUAAAGGACUCCGUCCAGGUGCCCGCCUUCGGCUACACGAUCCUGCGGUUCUACUCGAACAGUCCCGGCUACUGGAUGUUCCACUGCCACAUAUCGCCGCACUCGGAGAACGGAAUGGCCGCCGUGGUGCGGGUGGGCGAGGAUGUCGAGAUGAAGAUGUGCCCGGUGAGCAACUGCGGUCUGUGCAGCUCGGUGGCCUAGUGGGGUUCCUGGGCCCGGAAGUUACCUCUCCAAUCGCAGUAUAAGCAAUAAAAACGUUAACUUUUAGCUGGCA